GGGUGUGGAGGUCCUGCUUCAGCAGGCCAAAGAGUGGGAACAGUCGGGUGAAUACAGCCGAGCCGUGGAGUGUUACAUGAAGGUGAAGGACGACCCCAACACCGCCCUGAUGGAGAAAUGCUGGGCCAAGGCAGCGGAGCUGUCCAUCAAGUUCCUGAGUGCAGACCAGGCGGUGGAGGUGGUCCAGAUGGUGGGACCGCGCUUCGCGCAGCGCAGGAAGUUCGACACUGCCGCUGAGCUCUACCUAAACCUGGACCUGAUCAAAGAGGCGAUUGACGUCUUCAUCCAGGGAGAGGAGUGGAACAAAGCCAAGAGAGUCGCCAAGGAGAUGGAGCCGAGGUAUGAGGAUUAUGUGGACCAGAAGUACAAAGAGCAGCUGAAGAACCAAGGCAAAGUGGACUCU